AUGUCAGCUCGUCCAGCAACUCAUGCAGGCACAUGGUAUUCUUCCAUGGCCUCGACGCUUGAUUCCGAAUUAACCAAAUUCAUAAGUGAGGCAUCAUCGACAACCCCUCUGAAGAACGCUAGGGUAUUGGUUGGCCCACAUGCUGGUUACGCUUAUUGUGGGUCUACAUUGGCUGAAUCCUACCUGGUUUGGGAUACUUCUACUGUUAAGAACGUCUUUAUCUUCAGUCCUUCGCAUUAUGUCUACUUCAAAGGCGCCAGAAUAUCAAGAUACCAAUUUUACGAAACCCCCUUGGGAACUAUUCCGGUCAACCAUGAGUUAAUUGAGAAGUUGAUUGAAGAAAACCCCAGGGACAUCAAAUACAUGUCAUCAGAUGUUGAUGAUGAGGAACAUGGUAUUGAAAUGCAUAUGCCGAUGUUCCACAAAUUUACAGAGAAAUUACCGCAAGGGGUCCCCAAGAUUAUCCCUAUUUUGAUAAGUUCCUCAGAUAGGAAUUUUGAAAAGAGAAUUGCUUCCAUAAUAGCAAAGUACUUGCCUAAUAAGGAGUUUAGCUUCAUUGUCAGCUCCGAUUUUUGCCACUGGGGAUCAAGAUUUGAUUAUACCAUGUACACUCCAGAUGAUUCAGCCUCAAGAUUGAAGAAGCUAUAUCCUCAAGAUAAUCACACAAAUUUGACGGUGCCUAUUUAUAAGAGCAUUGAAUAUUUAGAUAAAAAAGCCAUGAAGGUGGCAGCCACCGGAUCUUAUGACAUGUGGAAGGAAUAUAUUGAGAGGACCGGCAACACCAUUUGUGGUCAGAAACCAAUUUCAAUAAUAAUUGCUGCUUUAGAAAAGUAUAAUGAAGAAUCCUUGAAGAAAGAGAACGCUCUUGGAUUUAAUUGGAUAGGGUAUUCACAAAGCAGCAAGGUAACGAGAACUAAUGAUAGUAGUGUAAGUUAUGCUAGUGGCUUUGUCGUUGUGGACUAG